AUGUCAACACAGGGCUAUCUUCCGCCACCCCAACAACAAGGCUACCCAUACCAACAAUCUCAAUACACCUCAAGCCAACAAAACCACGUGCACUACGAGCAACCCCAGCCCCAAUACACCCAACAACCACAAUACAACCAGCAGCCCCAAUACUCCCAAAACCAGCUUGUCAUGGCCCCACCCCGCCGCCCGAGCCACGAAUCCCAGCGCUCGCACCACUCGCACCACUCCCACCAGUCACCCUCCCCACCCUCAAACGAGCUAGCGCGUCACUCCGGUGAGUCGCAUUGGAGCCAUCACUCGAACGGAGACCCGCGACACUCGAGCGAGUCGCAUCGCAGCCGCCACUCGAACGGCGACGCGCAUUCGCAUCACCAGCAUCAUCAUCAUCAUGAUCAUCAUCAUCAGAAGGAGGAGCGGCGGCCGAGUCUGGGGGACACGCUGAUGCUGGUUUGGGACACGGUCAUUGGGGCUGUGACGGGGCGACGGCGGUAG